AUGCCAGAAAGCUUUCCAUGUGAUGUGUUAAACUGCUUGUUCCUUCUGGCUCAGGCGACAGACACAGAAGCAGAUCGGUUGUCGGCCUUCUUCAGCAGGAACUCUUAUAUAAGCGGGAAAUAUGCAGACGGGGAUUCCUUCUCCAAACUCAAUUCGCACAUCCUGUCUCUGCCGGGGGCAAGCGGGGCAAAUCGUCUCUUCUACCUGGCACUGCCCCCGACGGUCUACCACGAUGUGACCAAGAACAUCAAGCACCACUGCAUGAGCACAAAGGGUUGGACCAGGGUGAUUGUGGAGAAGCCGUUCGGUCGAGAUCUUCAGAGUUCGGAGGAGCUGUCCUCUCACCUGUCGUCCCUCUUCAGUGAGGAUCAGAUCUACCGCAUUGAUCACUAUCUGGGCAAAGAGAUGGUGCAGAACCUCAUGGUGUUAAGGUUCGGAAACCGCAUCUUUGGUCCAAUCUGGAACAGAGACAGUGUGGCCUGUGUUGUUCUCACCUUUAAAGAACCAUUCGGGACUCAGGGACGAGGAGGAUACUUUGAUGAUUUUGGCAUCAUACGAGAUGUCAUGCAGAACCACUUGCUCCAGAUGCUCUGUUUGGUUGCCAUGGAGAAACCAGCCUCCACCAGCUCUGACGAUGUCAGGGAUGAAAAGGUGAAGGUGUUGAAGUGCAUUGCUCCAGUGACGAUGUCAGAUGUGGUGCUGGGUCAGUAUGUAGGUGAUCCAGAGGGGGAGGGAGAAGCCCAACAGGGUUACCUUGAUGAUCCCACGGUACCUAAAGGAUCAAAUCAGGCCACCUUUGCCACAGCUGUGCUCUAUGUCCACAAUGAACGCUGGGAUGGCGUUCCCUUCAUCCUGCGCUGUGGAAAAGCUCUGAAUGAGAGGAAAGCCGAGGUGCGGCUGCAGUUCACAGAUGUCCCAGGAGACAUUUUUGAAAACAAGUGUCAAAGGAAUGAGCUGGUUGUUCGUGUUCAGCCCAACGAGGCCAUCUACGCCAAGAUGAUGAGCAAGAAGCCCGGAGUGUACUUCCACCCAGAGGAGACCGAGCUGGACCUCACCUACAAGAGCCGAUACAAGGACGUGAAGCUUCCUGAUGCUUAUGAGCGUCUCAUCCUGGAUGUCUUCUGUGGGAGUCAGAUGCAUUUUGUCCGCAGUGAUGAACUCAAGGAGGCGUGGAGGAUCUUCACCCCGCUUCUUCAUCAGAUAGAGAAGGAGAAGCCACGACCUAUUCCUUACAAAUAUGGAAGUCGCGGCCCCGCAGAAGCAGACGACCUCUCUAAGAAAGUUGGAUUUCGUUAUGAAGGCACUUACAAAUGGGUCAACCCUCAUAAACUUUGAAAGGUAAUAAGGGCAUA